ACAGCCGCACCGUGCUGGACUCUCAGACACGUUACAUCAGCUGUGGUGUAGGUCAGAACUAAUUCCUUAACCUAGAAAGGUGACAAGGGCGUGGGACAUUUGAGAGACAGUCUAGUAAAGGGAAACAGUGGGAUAAUCAAGUGACAGCCUGGUCGAGUGAAACAUUGGACCAUUUGAGAGACAGUCUAGUAGAGUGAAACAGUUAUGGAAGGCAACAGGGCUGUCCGGAUCCAUGGGAAAAAUGACUUGCGAGUGGUGAGUGUCCUAUUUAAACAGUUUUACAAUUUGAGAGCGUUGAGUAUCCUAUUUAAAAAGUUUUACUUUGCGAAUGGUGAGCGUCCUAUUUAAAUAGUUGUAUAAUAUGUUCUCAAAAAUUUGCUAGAAGCUGCAUGUUAUCUAUAUAUUAGUUUCACAUAAAAACAUUUACAAAGCAUCUCGUUGCUGUGUUAGUUGUGUUUUUUUAUUAAAUUUAGAAAAAGACUUAUAGCAUUACGUUAGUCUCAACUUACCAGUUCUAAUACUUAUUUAGUUAUGUUUGACUAUACUUUGAAAAGGGCCAACAACUCAGCAAUACCUAAUUCCUGUACAUAAAUCGUCGAUGUACUAUUAAAAAAAAAAAUUACUUUUACUUUCAGGAGACCUUGGAUAUUCCAGAACCUCCUGAAAACUGUGAGUGACAGAUCCACAAUUUACUGGAUGUGAUCGAUUGUACUUGUUUUGGCUGAUUGUAGACAUUAAUUUUCAAAUGAUUUCAUGUUUAGUUGCUGGGUGUAAUGUAUGCUAAGUGAUUUUGUGCAAAAGCCAAGUACUUCAUUAACACUUAAAUAACUAACACUAACCAAUUACUUCCUUUUGUUCCUAACACGCGGUCUGUCAUCGCAAUGAUUGAUUAGCCUGGUUAUUUAUUUAAGGACUAAAACGUUUUUUUAAAAUGAUUUUAAAAUGGACAACAGUAUUCACAAUCGGAUGUCGGUAUUUUCAUCGAUGUACUGUUGCUCAUCCUUGACAGACUUGAACAACUGUAAGUUAUCGUAUGAACGGUGUAAGUUGAAAAGUGCCUCUGCGAUAUCGUCACAUUUAAGUACCUUUAUUUGCUAUCACAGUAACCAUGGCUGUGUGCCUGAGACCACUUUGUGACAGGCGGUGUUUCUACUUACAAUACCGAUGGCUUGUGGUCAAAUGGAACGGCUAGAAAACCCAUCCCUUGCGUAUUAUAAAAGAAUCGUUAAAAAAAAAACAACAACAUUUCAGUCACAGUUUAGAGCUGAAAAACUUUUUUUAAAACUAAACUAUAUGAAAAAAUAUGUGGAAAAAAAACUAUAUGAAAAACUAUGUAAAAUAAUUAACUAAAUAAAAAAAAAUACUAUGUGAAAGACUAUAUGAAAAACUAUAUGGAAAAACUAUGUGAAAAGCUAUGGGAAAUGAUAUGUGAAAAACUGGGUGGGUAUUUCGUCAGUAAAAUUUUCUGCGUGCGUGUAUUGAUGUUUACGAAAGCUGACCGAAUAAUAUCAAAGUACCGCGGUUGGAGACAGUUUUCUUGUGCCGUAACGUGUUCAAAUAAUAUUGUCCCUCUCCAGUUGUCCAGCUCCGAAUGUCCACAGUGGGUCUGUGUCGUACGGACGUCCAUCUCUUCGAGGAAGGUCGUGUGGACCACAUCAUCAUUAACAAACCGAUCACCAUCGGUCACGAGAUAAGUGGUACGGUCAGCAAGUUAGGACCAGGUGUUACAGACCUAGCCGUUGGUAAGAUCUAAAAGUGUUUGACAAUGUUAAACGUCUUUCAGAAAGUUCCUGGGAACAUUUUUUUAAAAAAAAAGGAAAAUAUUUUGAAUAGCAGAAAAUGGAGAAACAAAUAAAUACAAUCUCAUCUGUUUUAAGUCUUCUGCUAUUUUAACACUACGACCUUAAGACAUUCACUGGAGUCAGCAGCUUGGAGAUAAUUGAAAUAAUUCGUUAAAGCAAGCAAUGAGAUAGCUUUUAUCAUCAAUUAGCUAAGAAAUGAGAAAACUUUUAUCAUCAAUUAGCUCCCAAAUGUGAUAGCUUUUAUCAUCAAUUAGCUGACCCAUGAGAUAACUUUUAUCAUCAAUUAGCUGACCCAUGAGAUAACUUUUAUCAUCAAUUAGCUGACCAAUGAGAUAGCUUUUAUCACCAUCAAAUAACUAAACUAAUUCGUCAAAGGGUUAAUGUGAUGAGAUGACAUUUGCAAAACAAUCUGUUACAAAGUUUUAAAAAAUGGAAACUUAUUUCACAUGUUAGUCCAAAGAAUGUUUAAGUAUUCAAUGGCAAGCUGGUCAUCUUUUCUUCUACUCUUGAUUUUCCCACUCCCAAUAAAAUUUUCUUAAUGAAUGAACUCCUCUAGGUGACCGAGUGGCCAUUGAUCCAUGCCGGCCAUGCGGCAUCUGUCAUCAGUGCAGGCGAAAGCGAAGUAACAUCUGUCAAAACAUGGACAUUUCCGGGGUGCUGCACGUGGACGGUGGAUUUGCAAACUACAUGAUUACUCCAGCUUACACUUGUUAUAAGUAAGCGUUUCAAACUACAUGAUUACUCCAGCUUACACUUGUUAUAAGUAAGCAUUUCAAACUACAUGAUAACUCCAGCUUACACUUGUUAUAAGUAAGCGUUUCAAACUACAUGAUAACUCCAGCUUACACAUGUUAUAAGUAAGCGUUUCAAACUACAUGAUAACUCCAGCUUACACUUGUUAUAAGUAAGCGUUUCAAACUACAUGAUAACUCCAGCUUACACUUGUUAUAAGUAAGCGUUGCAAACUGCAUGAUAACUCCAGCUUACGAUUAAGUAAACUACAUGAUAACUUCAUUUUAACCUAUUUACGAUUAAGCUUUUUAAACGCUACAUGACAGCUCUAUCUUAAACGUGGUAUAAGUAAAAUGCGCAAACUCUAUUAUAACUCUCCUACAAACUUGUUAUAAGUAAGCUUUGAAAACUAUGUGAUAUGAUUACUAUGUAUUAUAAGUCCUUUGUAAAAACUGCUACCAACAUUACGCUAACUUACACUUAAUAUUAGCACGAUUUGAUGACGACAUAGGCUAAUUACACCAUCAAACACUUUUUUAAUACGUAAGAAUUCAGAAUCACGUGGGCAGUGAAGCGUUGUGGGUGAAAUAAGGAGAGUAGGUGAACGCAUACAAUACAACUUAAUAAUGUGUACCAUCUGGCGGACUACUCGUUCCCGGGAUACUCUACAUCCGGGGUUUCAAACUCGCGGCCCGCGGGCCAUUUGCGGCCCACAAGACGAUAUUUUGCGGCCCGCAACAUGACACCAAAGUUUAGUGUUAAUGCGGUCAGCGCUUUUUCCCCAUUCUCAUAACUAUAAUUUGUCCAUUUCAGUCGAAUCUCACCGUCCAGUCUUAUACUGAUUUUUAUCAUGUUUGUACAGGUUUGGACGUUGAUUGUAAUGGUAAAACCUUUUUAGAAUCGGACUAAAAGUUUUUAUUUUAAAGUAUUUUAUGAGACAAACAUGGCGGCCAAAGGUCGGUUUUGAGAAACGUUUAAAACGUCAGUAAGUGGGUAAUGCACAAUCAUAAUUCUGUAAAUCGUAGAACUCUGACACGAUAUCAAAGAAGCCUUAUACUAGUGUUUACGAGUGAGGGAAAUUACGAGCCUGUCAGCUUGGUUACGCUCAAAAUAGGAUUCACCCUCCCUAUAAUAGCUUCUUUCUUACCAUCAAGAAUUUAUAAAUAGUGCCUGGUCCUGCCUGAUCACGUUUUAGCAUUCAAAGCCUUCAUGGAGAAGGAUAAGGUGGUUGUUCCUGUACUAAGUGAUCCUAAAUGGCUCGUGGACUUGGCUUUUCUUGUUGACAUUACACAGGAGCUGAAUGUACUCAACAAGAAGUUACAAGAUCAGGGGUAGCUUGUCAGUGAUGCCUUUGAAAAUGUCAGGGCAUUCUGCACAAAAAUUGUGUUAUGGUUCUUAGAGAAGCCUUUGUCGUUUCCCAACAUGCAAAGUACUCAUGGACUCGGUAUACGGAUGCUAUGCAAAGCUACAGGAAGAAUUUGAUCACCUGUUUUCAGACUUCAAAACACACAGAGCCCCUUUUCAACUUUUGUAGACCCUUUCUCUUUCAAUGUGGAAGAUGCCCCCUGCGCUUCUAAUGGAGCUGAUUGAUCUUCAGUUCAAUUCUAAGUUCAGGGAGAUGAAUGGAAAAAGAGACAUUUCCCUCCACCUUUCAUGAGAUUUCCAGGUUGUUCAAGCGGAUCACGAGCCAUUAUGGGAGUACCUAUCUGUGUGAAAGACCCUUUUCACCUAUGCACUUGAACAAGUCAAAGUUCAGGGUAAACUUACUGAUGAGCAUCUUCAAGCUGUACUGAUGGUCUCAGUUGCUUCCUCACUCAAGCCAGAUGUUACUCAGGUGUGUUAGAAGAAACGCUGCCUGGUCUCUGGCAACAAGGAGUAGCUAGAAGAAAGUGAAGCCUAGCUCUUGAGAUCCCUUAACGUUUAUAUUUGUUAUUAAUAAAAGGUUGCGCUGAUUGUAACCGUUGUAAUUUAUUGUAUUUGUAAUCAAUUUUUGUGUGGAAUACUUGACUCUACCUCCUGCGGCCUCCGGAUGAUUUCAGUUUGAGACCCUUGCUCUACACCCAAGGCAGUUUAGCUUGUUUGCGUGUGUGCUUUCUAAGCAGACCAGAAUGGAUCAAAGAUUUUAAAGAUGAUUGUAGUAUUUUAAAAAGACGUACCUGUCCAUCACACUUGCUGUGCUGUUCAAAAUCUGCUGUUAUAUAAUCAGACAUCUAUACAUUCACUCAACGUGCCUGUGUUAAUUACGAAUACCCUAAGCAUUGUAAUGUGUAUUUCAAGACGAAAUACUUUGGAUCUGCAAAGUUGAGUGAUGCCUUGUUAAUAUGUUAUGAAUAUUUUAAAAUUAAAUAUUUAAUUUUUAAAAAUAAUAUAUCAAAGAUUGAAUAAUCCAAUUCCUCCGAUGUAACAUAUUUACCAAACGAAAUAAUGUUACGACUAAGCUCUUAGUUUAGGCCGACUUUCCCGUGUUGCAGGCUACCGGAUAAUGUAAGCCUCGAAGAAGGUGCGAUGAUGGAGCCCCUCUCUGUUGGUGUCAAUGCGGUGCACCGUGCCCAGAUGAACCCAGGCGACUCUGUCAUUGUCUUUGGAGCAGGUGCAGUAGAUUUUAAAUUCAAGAGGCGUGUAGUCAAAAUUUCGGACUAAAUUUUUAGUCGUAAUAUAAUUAUGUCAAUAGUUUCCCGUGUACAAAAUGGUAAACAUGUCGCGCAAGUUUUUAAAUAGUGAUAAUGGCUUCAAAAAAUAAUUGAUUUGUCUCUUAGACACAACUAACAAACAUUGUGUUAAUUAAUAUGACAUUUUCAUGAUAAUUUAACUGUACAACACAGCCGUCUCGGAAAAACCCUUAGAUCCACCUUAGCUCACAGUGUCAUAAUAAACGUAUCUUCCUCCCAGGACCUGUUGGACUGUUUGCAAUGCAAAGUGCCAAAGCUCUAGGAGCAGGCAAAGUCAUGAUGGUGGGUGAGUUCAUCUCUUUGCUUCAACUACUCAUUUUUUUUUAACUGCCAUUUUUAUAGGCACCGUUGUUACAAUUAACAUUGCUAGAACUAUAUGGCAUCGUUCAGUCUCCGCGAGACGAUGAAAUUGCUAUUGACAUUAAUUUCAUCAAAUGGCUUACGAGGCUGAUCCUGGGAUGGCAGCCUCGGCUGCAUGUCUCGCAAGUUAAAUUGUGUCUUCCGCAAUUCUCUUUUUGCUAGAAAUACUAUUGUACACACAACCAUGUCUACAGCUACAUUGUCUUUGAUUACCAGGUUUAGACUAAAGAAAGGACACCUACAUAAUAGCAACGCUUGGAAUUCAUUCUUUACCCCAAUUAAUACUGCUACUGACCUGAAUCAUUGUUUCGGUAAAUUCACAGUUGGAAAGUGAAGCUGCUUUUGCAUUAUUAAUGUGUUUUAAUUAUCAAAAUUUAAAUACUAAUGGCGUUUAUUUAUUCCCCUACCAACCCCACACAAAAAUUAUCAAGACAUUAAUGAGAAUCGACUAAACCUUGCGAAGAAGCUUGGCGCUGACAUUAUCUACCGACCACCAGGACCAAUGGUUGAUCCACAGUUAGCAGGUGCUCAACUCAAAGAGGCUCUGGGGGAUGACGCUGAUCUGUGUAUUGAGUGCAGUGGAGCCAAAGGCACGGUGGACGCUGCCAUACAUGUAAGUAGGUAGUUCAACUGAAGGAUGCAGAAAGUAUUCGAGACGAUCGCAGGAGACUGCCAUACAAAUGCUGAGAUAUCUAUUUAGGCCAUAAAACUUCAAUAAGUUGGAUGUAAUAAGUGUAUGUGGAAUUUAUGGAGAUACUCAAGUUUCAGCAAAUUAGUUCUUUUAUUUUAAUUAGUCGGACUAACUUGAAAUAGGGUGGUAGACCUAGUUUAUUGUGAUAUUGAAUAACAAAUGAAGGACUGCGUUCAAGCAGUGUGAAGGAAAUAGAGGAACAAGGUAUGUGGAGUGUGGAAGCUUGAAAUAAAAAGACGGGACACUAAAAGAAGAACGUUUCGGCUAAGAGCCUUCCUCAGCAGAUUUGACAAAUGAAGAAAUAACAAGAACUAUUGAAGACGCUAUUGUCUUUUUAAAUUUAAACCUGAUCCAAUUUUCAGCAGUUUGAAAUUGUUCUUAAGGCAGUAAAUUUUUUCAUUGGAAUAAAGGUAUAACUUUAAUAUAAUUCAACAUUCUUAUAACUAUAAAAUAAUCCAACCUCCUAAUAACUAUAAAAUAAUUCAACCUCCUUAUAACAUAAUUUAACCCCCUUAUAACUAUAAAAUAAUUCAACCACCUUAUAAGUAUAAAAAAAUCAAACCACCUUAUAUCUAUAAAAUAAUCCAGCCACCUUUUAUCCAUAAAAUAAUCCAUUCCCUUUAUAGCUAUAAGACCAUUUUACUUUGGUAGACCGUAAUGUUUUAGAUGUUUUUCGACCUCACCACACUAUAAUUGUAUGAAUCAGGCGUGUAGACCAGGGAGCAAAGUGGUGAUGGUUGGUUUCGGUGACAUGGCUAUGAACGUCCAUCUUGGAAUGGCGGCUGUCAGAGAAAUCGAUCUGAUUGGUGCUUUUGCCAAUAUCAAUGAGUGAGUUUUUAUUGUUGUUGUUGUUGCUUUAGUUGCCGCUUAUAAUGCCGACUGAUGUAAAGGUCGAAUGUAUUACUCUUUAAUUGAAAAGAUUUUUCUUAGUUAUUAGAUGGUGUUGAUUUAUGACAACUAAUACUUUGAGCCUUGAGCGAUUAUUUUAUCUGAGAUUUACCUACUACAAAUAAUUUUUUUAAACGGAAACAAAAACUUUCAAAACUUCAUGUCGUCAUGCAUCCCCAUCAUUAUACAAUACAUGAAAGUCAGUUCACGAUACUCUAGUAGCUAACUAGUGCUACAAAUAGCGAUUAGCUCAUUAUUUUUUUUUUUCAAAAAAAAUCUACGUAGGCCUAUAUGAAUUUUUAACAUACACACUGCUCUAUUUAGCAAUGUCUGUCACUAACGAUAAGAUUCAUUAGCGCACAAAAUAAAAUCCCCGAUAACUGCACUACACGAGGUUCUUACAAAUACCGCAUGUGCUUUUGGUGCGUAAUAUUUUCUUUUGUUUUAUGGAAAUGGUGUAAUAAACCUCCAGUGUAACAUGAGAAUAACAAUAAAGCUCAAGGACGGUAGCGUCCGGGGGGGGGGGGGUUACAUCAAAUUGGGAAUCUUUUAAUGUGCGUUAUUUUAAUACAUAUAUUGUCAAGUAACUUUAACAUUAAAUAACUAGUGUUUGCAACGUGUCUCAUUGAUUUGCUCAGUAAUUUACUAGCUGAAGCCCGCCAAACAAUGGUUACAUCAAAUUGGGAAUCUUAUAAUGUGCGUUAUUUGAAUACAUAUAUUGUCAAGUAACUUUAAUAGAUGGAAAAUGCACGCAUUGCUGUCGCCAUUGUUUGGCGGGCUUCAGCUAGUAAAUUACUGAGCAAAUCAAUGAGACACGUUGCAAACACUAGUUAUUUAAUGACAACAAGAAUUUUAAAUAAUUCAUUUGUUAAAGGUUGAUGAAAGCCGUUUGACGUAGUUAUUUACUACUUAAGAAAGCUUUGUUGUCCUACACAAGAUAAAGGUGAGAACUUUUGAAAUUGCCACAUUGGGGGGGGGGGGGCAUUUGUGUAGAUACACAUAUCUGUUAACGUUGACCUUACGUCAGACCAAAGCAAUGAUAACCAUUAUAACUGUCUCCAUUCCAUCGAAUGUGUCAAUUCCAAAGUAGGUUUUAGAUAGACCUAGGUUUUCUGAUACAUGGGUUAAACCUAUCGUCUGCCUAUUUUGAUAUUUUGUUUUUUUAUGUUGACGCUCUCCGUUGGCUAUAGCCCACAUUGGUUCAAGCAAUGUCCAAAAGUUUUAUUUACACGGUGUAUAGAGGCUCACACGUUUUUAAAUGGAAAUGAGUGAAACAUAGUAUGGGACAACCUGAAAACAGAAUUACAUUUUAAAUAAUAACACUCAGCUGAAAUUUAGUAUCCGAGAGGACAGCAAGAGGAAGUAUGUCUUUACUUUUGUUUGUUCACAAAUACAAGGCAUAUAGCUUCAGUUAUACAAGUAAUCUCCACACCAAAACAUGAAAUCAUUGAAUUAAUUGUAUUUCAUUCAUCUUCUCCUUGAAAAACAGGAGUAACUGAUUUUGGUUGGGUUAGUGUGGGUGAUGGACAUUUGACGGAAUAUGUUUUCAUAUGCAAUGAGUCAAUCUGCCAAGUUUCUGUUCUGUUCGAUGACAGGAAAUGUGUCGUUUAGCCGUCCGAGGAUUUUGCAACAAAUACACGAAAAAAAGCGAAGUUACUAUAAAGGAUUUUUAAAUAACCUACAUUUAUAUCAUGAAAUUUACUAAUAGCCUACACUUUUGCACCUUUAAAGUUCAUAUUGCCAUGGGCCGAUUUAUAUUUGUUUAAAUACAUAUUUUUAUUGAAAUAUGGGGACUAUUAGAGAUGCCAGAACUUUGAAAUCAAAAUUAACUAUAAAACAUUAUAUUAUAAUCUUGUGUUAACUUUCAUUGUGUUUAGAGAUUAGUGUAUUGCAUUUCUAAACUGGACUAUAAUCAGGAGGCAAUAAUCCUAUGAAUUCAUCUCAUUCUCUCUUUUUUGUCACCAGCUACCCUGAGUGUAUCCGUCUAGUAUCCAGUGGUAGGAUAGAUGUGAAAUCUGCCAUCACUCACAGACUGCCCCUUGACAAGGUGAAGGACGGAAUGGAGCUCAUAAAGACAGGACAAUCUGUCAAAGUCGUGAUUGAUUGCACCAGAUAAUCCAUUCUGUUGUGUGAAGGGCCCAUUUAACACAUUGCCACUUACUGUUAAAGCCAGUGGGCCCUAAUGCAAUUUUGCUAUUAGAAUUUUAACAUUUUAAUUUGAUUUUUAAUUUAUCCAUUCUAGCAUAACACAGUUUUUGCCAUAUUAAUUUCUAGCUUAAUUGUUUUCCCACAUAUCUUAUAUUUAUUGUACUUUGUUGUUAAAAGAAUAAUGUAAAAUGCCAAGAAAUUAAAUUGAGUAAACAACUUAAAUAUGUCUUUGGAGCUAUUUCGCUAGAUGCACAAUUGUCUUUACAUAGGCUGCUUGCUUUAAUAAUUUGGUCUAAUGAGAAGUAAAUCCCCUAAAAGAUUGAAGAUUAGAAGACGUGACUCAUGACAUUAGGUGGGCAUAUUAUUUUCAGGACAUUAGGUGGGCAUAUUAUUUUCAGGACAUUAGGGGGAUUAUUAUUUUUAUGACUUUAGGCAGGUAUUUCAUUUUAAUUUCUCUAAAACAGGAGUGUAGUCUAGAUUUUGUUAUGUGUACACUAACAUUGAUGAACCAGUUCUUAAACCCAAAAAUGGAAAUAAUAUUGUUUUUGGUUUUACAAGAAAAAAAUUGAAUAAACUUGUUUACAAACAGAUUAAGACAUAAAAAGAAAUGUUCCAUUUGUUCUGCAUACUUUUUUUAUUUGUCUUCAGUCAGCAGUAUAUUUUUAGUUUGUACAUUGGGUAGCUAAAAUUCCUUCUACAACAUCAUCUGCAUGUAUUUCCACAGUAAUGAAAUGCUACUCAAACCUGUGUUGCUAAGAAUGCAAUUAGUUAACAGCCUUUAUAUGAACAAUUAUAACAGUUGUAGAUGUUUAAUUUAUGAAGCAUUAAGCAACAAGUGUUGGGAUUUAUGAGAACAUGUUGAAGUUCAUGAUUCCAGAGAUAUAACUCUUUUUAGAAAAAGGAAUGGUCCAACUCUUUAGAACCAACUAUCCAAGAUUCCUCUGAUGUCAUUUGUUCUUUUGUGCUUCAUUAUACAUCUAUAAAUCAUGCAUAUACAAUAAAAUAUAUAAUUCAUGUGACAAAUAAACUACAAAAUUUUAAAACAGGCUUUCAUUAAUAACCAUUUACUUUCACUUUCUUAGACAUACACUUUAGUGGUUUCAAGGCAGAAUAUUUAAAUUUUAUAUCUUUCAUCCAUCAUUAAAAAGUAUUUUGAAACUGUUAUGUACAAUGAUAAAAUCAUUAAAAAGUUAUGAGGCAAAUGAAUUCUUUGCUUUAAAUAGUUCAAAAGGAUAAUUCAAAAUGUUCUUGGUUCAUUUUGCGAAACAUUUCUGUUGCAAACACAUGGCUUAAAUGCACAAAAACAGCAGAAAUAAUGUCAUAUGGUAGUAUUCAAAUACAAAUGUAGGAAAAUAUGCCAUCGAUUUCAAUUAAUUGAGCCUUUCAAAAAUUAUUUUCCAUUAGAUAAAAUGCUUGCUGUGCAUGGUAGUAAUAAAUGACUCCAUCAUUAAUUCUUAUUCAAAAUGUAUCAUGUUGAUUUACAAUGAAAUAUGAAUUAUGUUUACAUUAGCCCAAAAUACUGUGGUAAAAAGCAAAACAUAAAUAAUAAUAACAAUAAAAUAAUAACAAAACAAUUGUUUAUAUUUAUCUUGAGCUUAAGAUGUUUGAGGAGUUCUUCAUUGAGAGUUAAAUGAUGCUAAAAAAACCUUAAACUGCAAUAAACAUGAAUGUCAAAUUUAUUGCAAGCCUUCUUUGCAUAGAUAAUAUACAAGUAAAUAACAAAAUAGAAGAGUAGACAUAAGUGACACCUUGCAUAUUUAAACUGAGGUGAGCUCACAAGUGAAAAUAAGUUAAAAUUAAAAAAAGGAAAACAUCUUACAACUUUAAUUUUACUAUUUUUUUUUAUUCAUUUUUUAUUAUUUCCAAAGAAAUUUUUUUUUUUCAUGAUGGGGAAAAAAGUAUUUGGCUUGAAAUAAAUAUAGAACAAUUUACAAAGUGGCAAAACAUUAAAAAAAAAAGAACUUUCCUUGUUUAAAAUUUUCUGAUUUCAUUAAGUUAAUUUUUAACUCCUUGAAAGUUCUAAGGUAAAAACAGUUUUCGGAUCAAUGAAGCUACUGAUUUCUUUUUUUUAAUUGCAGGUCCAUUGGCUAAGAAUAUAACAUAAAUUCAUUAUUAACUAAACAUUCUCAACCAAUAAAAAAAAAAAAAAAAAUUUUCAAAGAAGUCCAAGUAAGAGAUGUUUUUGGGUAAAAUAAUGUUUUAAAAUAUUUUGUUGAUGAAAAAAUUAUUUCUGAUUUUAUUAAGUUAAUUUUUAACUCCUUGAAAGUUCUAAGGUAAAAACAGUUUUCGGAUCAAUGAAGCUACUGAUUUUUUUUUUUUAAUUGCAGGUCCAUUGGCUAAGAAUAUAACAUAAAUUCAUUAUUAACUAAACAUUCUCAACCAAUAAAAAAAAAAAAAAAAAAUUUUCAAAGAAGUCCAAGUAAGAGAUGUUUUUGGGUAAAAUAAUGUUUUAAAAUAUUUUGUUGAUGAAAAAAUUAUUAACAUUCUUUAGAACAAUGAAUUUCACACUUGAUGCAACAUUUUUCAAAAUGUUUGAAAACUGUGCAUGACAAA